CAAAAAACAACAAAAAAAAAAAGUUUAAAUAUUAAAGAGAAUUCAUUUUUUCAUAAAAAACUAGAAGCCGGCAACGUGUAUGAGUGGUUGAUCUUUUGCCGGCAACGGCUCUGAUCGCAUCGAAGCGAAAGCGAAACUAAAAUAAGAAAAAAAGGAUAAAAAAAAAAAGAACGAAAACACGGUGACUGGCCGAGUCUUGUGUGUCGCCGCAGCAGCUAAAACCCAAGUCCUUCGCGAUCCCAUUUCUCUCUGCAUAUAGUGUUUUAGGGUUUCUGCUGUUCUCGGCAUUUUGCCAAAUCAAGAGAAAAAACUUAGAGAUUAUGUAUGAACGCAAAAAUUCAGUAUUCUGUGCAUGCGGGUCAACUUGGAAUGUUGUUGUUGUUGGUGCCAUGAAAUGGGAAUUUUCACCUUCAUUUUUGGACUUUCUCUUAUUUGUCUCAUACAAAACGGAUACAGUCUGUCCUUUUGAGGAGUUAUGUUACGCUGUCUCAGGGUAGUAAUGAUUCCUUAUUACUGAUUUGCUUCAGCAUGCUCUUAAGUUGGUUGGAAGUUAGUAAGUAAUGGAUUGUGUUGGCAUCAGUUCCAGUGAAAAAGUUGGAAGAGAGAAGGGAAACAGUGAGAUUGAUCCUGGAUAGAGCUGGUGCUUGUGGUUGCUGGACUGUGGUAGUGUUGGCAUUGCAUAUAGGACUAGAGCACACCUUAUAUAUAUUUUGCCGAAAAGGAUUUCAAGGGGAGGUCAUAAAGAAGAUAAAACAAGUUUGUGUUAGUAUCGAGGCUUCUCUGUGUUACUUGUUGCAGUUCACUCAACUAAUUCAAUAUGUGAAUUUUCUAAAAAGUAUGCCUUUGCAUGUCUGUAGAUUGUGAAGGUAUGCUUUGCUUAUGUUUCUUCGCCUUCUGUGCAUAGACGUUGGUAAAUACUGGUAGAACUUGGGUUCUAUCUUAAGAAAUUGUUGAAAGAUGGGACGUCUAAAGCUGCAGACUGGAAUCAAGGCAAUUGAGGAAGAACCUGAGGACUGUGAUGCUACUUGUUCUAAUAAAGCGACUUUAGCAUGCAUGAUUAAUUCAGAAAUAGGAGCUGUAUUGGUAGUUAUGAGGAGAAAUGUAAGAUGGGGGGGUCGGUAUAUGUCGGGUGAUGAUCAGCUGGAACACUCUCUAAUUCAGUCUUUGAAGGCAUUACGCAAGCAAAUUUUUUCAUGGCAGCAUCAGUGGCAGACCAUCAACCCUGCAGUGUAUCUCCAGCCUUUUUUGGAUGUGAUUCGAUCGGAUGAAACUGGUGCACCGAUUACUGGUGUUGCUUUGUCAUCGGUUUACAAGAUCUUAACACUUGAUGUGAUUGACCAAAAUACUGUGAAUGUUGAAGAUGCAAUGCACUUGUUGGUUGAUGCUGUCACUAGUUGCCGUUUUGAGGUGACUGAUCCUGCAUCUGAGGAAGUAGUACUGAUGAAGAUAUUACAGGUACUUCUGGCUUGCAUGAAGGGUAAAGCAUCUGUUAUGUUGAGUAAUCAGCAUGUCUGCACCCUUGUGAAUACAUGUUUCCGUAUAGUCCACCAAGCAGGAACAAAAGGUGAAUUGUUGCAACGGAUAGCUCGGCACACUAUGCAUGAACUUGUUAGGAGUAUUUUCUCACACCUUCCAGAUAUUGACAACACAGAAGGUGCGCUGGUAAAUGGAGUCAAUACUGUCAAACGGGAGAUUGAUGGGCUAAAUAAUGAGUAUGCAUUUGGAAGUAGACAAUUGGAGAAUGGCAACAUGAGUACUGAGUAUGAUGGUCAAUCAUUAUCAACGAAUCUUGCUUCUAAUGCUUCUAUAGUGGCUGGAAUGGAUGAAGAUACGAUUAGAGUUGGUACUGGGAAAGGCAAUGAUCCAUAUGACUUGCAUCUCAUGACUGAGCCUUAUGGAGUUCCCUGUAUGGUGGAAAUAUUCCACUUCCUUUGUUCUUUGUUAAAUGCUGUUGAGAAUAUUGGAUUAGGUCCCAAAUCUAAUACCAUAGCAUUUGAUGAAGAUGUUCCUCUUUUUGCCUUGGGUUUGAUUAAUUCUGCUAUAGAGGUGAGUGGCCCCUCUAUUAGGCAUCAUCCUAGAUUAUUGACUUUAAUUCAGGAUGAAUUGUUUCGUAGUCUGAUGCAAUUUGGCCUGUCAAUGAGUCCACUUAUUCUUUCGGUGGUAUGCAGCAUUGUUCUUAAUUUGUACCAUCAUCUAUGUACUGAACUCAAACUACAGCUGGAGGCUUUCUUUUCUUGUGUAAUUUUGAGGCUUGCACAAAGCAGAUUUGGAGCAUCUUACCAGCAGCAAGAGGUUGCUAUGGAGGCUCUCGUUGACUUCUGCAGACAGAAGACGUUUAUGGUGGAGAUGUAUGCUAACUUAGAUUGUGACAUAACUUGCAGUAAUGUCUUUGAAGACCUUGCCAAUCUUUUAUCCAAGAGUGCUUUCCCUGUUAACUGCCCUUUGUCAUCAAUGCAUAUUCUUUCUCUGGAUGGUCUUAUUGCUGUUAUUCAGGGAAUGGCCGAGAGGAUAGGCAAUGGGUUAGUUAGUUCAGAGCAGUCUCCCAUGAAUAUUGAGGAAUAUACUCCAUUUUGGAUGGUGCAGUGUGAUAGCUACGCUGACCCUAAUCAUUGGGUCCCUUUUGUUCGCCGGAGAAAGUAUAUUAAGAGAAGGUUGAUGAUUGGAGCUGAUCACUUUAAUCGUGACCCCAAGAAAGGGCUAGAGUUUCUCCAAGGAACACACCUCUUGCCUGACAAACUUGAUCCUGAAAGUGUGGCCUGCUUUUUCAGGUAUACUGCUGGGUUGGAUAAGAAUCUUGUUGGUGAUUUUCUGGGAAAUCAUGAUGAGUUUUGUGUUCAGGUUCUUCAUGAAUUUGCUUGGACUUUCGAUUUCCAAGACAUGAAUUUGGAUACUGCAUUGCGACUUUUUUUGGAAACAUUUCGACUGCCCGGAGAAUCACAAAAGAUACAAAGGGUGCUUGAAGCAUUCUCAGAGAGAUAUUAUGAGCAGUCGCCACAGAUUCUGGCUAACAAGGAUGCUGCUCUCUUAUUAUCAUAUUCACUUAUAUUGCUGAACACUGAUCAGCACAAUGUCCAAGUGAAGAAAAAAAUGACUGAAGAGGACUUCAUCCGGAAUAAUCGGCGGAUCAAUGGAGGCAAUGAUCUACCUAGAGAUUUUCUUUCAGAGCUGUACCACUCGAUAUGCAAGAAUGAGAUCCGCACAAUUCCAGAACAGGGUGCUGGUUUUUCUGAAAUGACCCCGAGCCGGUGGAUUGACCUAAUGCACAAAUCCAAGAAAACUGCCCCAUUCAUUCUGUCAGAUUCUAAAGCCUACCUUGACCAUGACAUGUUUGCUAUAAUGUCAGGGCCAACUAUUGCUGCUAUCUCUGUGGUAUUUGAUCAUGCAGAACAUGAAGAAGUAUUCCAAACAUGUAUUAAUGGAUUCCUAGCCAUAGCUAAAAUUUCUGCAUGCCAUCAUCUUGAAGAUGUGCUGGAUGAUCUGGUUGUGUCUCUAUGUAAGUUCACAACACUGUUGAACCCAUCAUCUGUUGAGGAACCUGUGCUGGCAUUUGGUGAUGACUCGAAAGCACGAAUGGCAACUGUAACAGUCUUCACUAUUGCCAAUAAGUAUGGUGAUUACAUUCGCACAGGUUGGAGAAAUAUUCUGGACUGCACCCUAAGGUUACACAAGCUUGGCCUUCUUCCAGCUCGUGUGGCCAGUGAUGCAGCUGAUGAGUCCGAACCCUCUGUUGACACUGGACAUGGCAAGCCUUUAACAAAUUCUCUAUCUACUGCUCAUAUGCCUUCUGUGGGUACUCCAAGGAGAUCCUCUGGAUUGAUGGGGCGAUUUAGUCAAUUGUUAUCUCUUGACACAGAGGAGCCAAGAUCUCAACCUACUGAACAACAACUUGCUGCUCAUCAACGCACCCUUCAGACGAUUCAAAAAUGCCAUAUUGACAGCAUAUUUACUGAAAGUAAGUUUCUGCAGGCUGAAUCUUUAUCACAGCUUGCACGAGCACUUACUUGGGCUGCAGGGCGACCCCAGAAAGGGAGCAAUUCUCCUGAAGAUGAAGAUACCGCAGUUUUCUGUCUAGAGUUGCUAAUUGCCAUUACCUUGAAUAACAGGGAUAGGAUUGUGCUUCUUUGGCAGGGUGUCUAUGAGCACAUAGCCAGCAUUGUUCAGUCAACUGUCAUGCCAUGUGCCCUGGUUGAGAAGGCUGUUUUUGGACUUCUUCGUAUUUGUCAGCGGCUGCUUCCGUACAAGGAGAACCUUGCAGAUGAGCUUUUGAGGUCACUGCAACUUGUGUUGAAACUUGAUGCCCGGGUUGCUGAUGCGUACUGUGAGCAAAUUACGCAGGAAGUCAGUCGCCUUGUAAAAACAAAUGCCUCUCACAUCAGAUCCCAAAUGGGUUGGCGGACCAUCACAUCCCUACUUUCCAUCACUGCUCGACACCCAGAAGCCUCAGAGGCUGGAUUUGAUGCAUUGUUGUUUAUUAUGUCUGAUGGAGCACAUUUGUUGCCAGCCAAUUAUGUUCUAUGUGUUGAUGCUUCAAGGCAGUUUGCUGAGUCUCGUGUUGGACAGGCAGAGCGUUCUGUUCAUGCAGUGGAUCUAAUGGCAGGUUCUGUUGAUUGUUUAGCACGGUGGGCAUGUGAGGGUAAGGAAGCAAUGGGAGAGGAAGAAGCUAUGAAGAUGACUCAGGACAUUGGAGAGAUGUGGUUGAGGCUUGUCCAGGGAUUGAGAAAAGUUUGUUUGGACCAGAGGGAAGAGGUUAGAAAUCAUGCUUUACUGUCGUUACAAACGUGCUUGACAAGAAUGGAUGGGAUACAUCUUCCUUAUGGUUUCUGGUUACAGUGCUUUGAUCUAGUGAUAUUCACAUUGCUUGAUGACUUGCUUGAUAUUAUUGCACAAGGAUCCUCCCAGAAGGACUAUCGGAACAUGGAAGGAACGCUUAUCUUUGCAUUGAAGCUCUUGUCCAAGGUAUUUCUGCAGUUGCUUCCUGACCUAUCUCAGUUAACAACUUUCUGCAAGUUAUGGCUUGGUGUUCUUAACCGAAUGGAGAAAUAUGCAAAGGUGAAAGUUAGAGGUAAAAAAAGUGAGAAGCUUCAGGAACUUGUGCCUGAGCUGCUCAAGAACACCUUGCUUGUUAUGAAGACAAGAGGUGUGCUUGUGCAGAGGACUGCCUUAGGUGGUGACAGUUUGUGGGAGCUGACAUGGCUAAAUGUGAAUAAAAUUGCUCCAUCUUUGCAAUCUGAGGUUUUUCCUGAUCAAAAUUCAGAGCAAUCAGAGGGUAAGCAAGGUGAACCUUUGGAAGGUCUGUUAUCUAAUGAAUCAAGUGAUGUUCCUGCAACUAAAGCAACACUUUCUGAAGGUGCUGCAGGUGGAGGUUAGCAUGUUCUACAUAAUGUUGGCAACCAGACCUUUUCUCUUAGUACAUGUCCAUAAGCAUUGAGCUAUUAUACGAGAUAGUCUUAGUUCAGAAAUUUAAUCAACAGAACCUCAUGGACCACAUGUUGACGUGGUUGGAGAGAUGCUAGAUGAGGGCCGAUUGGCAACCCAGGCAAGUUGGUUGGUGUCUUAGUAAUGAUCUCGGUAUUCCGUUUCAUGAUUUGGCUCCGGCAAAAUUUUUUUAUGGUGUAUUUCCAGAUAAGUAGUGGAUUUCUCUGAUGGUAUAUUUUACUUACGUUAGUAAGAAUGCUUAUUAGGCUAAUAGUUUUACCAUUUUUUUUUUUUUUAUAAAUUUUUUUUUCUAUGUUAUAUUGAAAAAUUCGUGAGAAGGAAGUUUAUCUAUACCACAAUAUAAGGAAAUCUUUUAAUAGUUUUGUA